AUGCAAUUGGGCCUUGCGCAACACAUGUCCCAUGUGAAGAUAUGCGACUUGAUGGCGCCGAACGAUAUCUAUUCGCCAACGAAACAGACUGAUGAAAUAUUUUGUUUCCUCCAAUCGACGUGCAGACUCUUUCGUGCUGUUGGGCGGGAAGCUCAUGCCAGAACUGCGGCGUAUGCAACUCGACCAAUUGUUGUUGGGUCGAAAGCUCUUGAGGGCGUGAGUACGCCAGCAACACUAUCGGGGCCGGCGGUUGCUGCCAGCCCUGCGGGAAGGCUUGGUUCUCGGGGUCAUAGUUAUGGCCUCAGGGCGUCGGCUGAUCCAGACGCCAUCUUGCUUCCUGGUGCUCAAGACGAAGAGGAUUAUAAGGGUGGUGAAGGUGGGCCAGAAGUUGAAAAUGACGUCAAGUAUAGCGAAGGUUCCAUGACCCUGGAAUUGGGGCACUCGCUGACUCUUGUUCUCCUUCUAACGGCCGAGCCUGGCUGCUAG